AUGUUUUGCCCAAUAACUUGGAUCAUCAUUCGUGAUAUUGGACAACUAGCUCUCGUCUAUCUCACAACCGUCUACGCCCGACUUAAAAUGAGAUUCACAAGUGCUGGCGAAAAGGAAGACGAAGUGUUUAUGGUCCCAGUGUCAAUAUGUCUACUGAUUUGCAUACUCAUCAUGCUCUUCGGUACCUUGUGGGUGCAUUCCUACGAUGCGCUGACAGGUCCUCCCAGUUCAGGAAUGGACUGGUUUCUUGCAUUGUAUUUCACUUUUCAAACAUUCACCACCAUCGGCCUCGGCGAUGUGAUGCCCAACAACAUCCCAUUUGAGCCAAUCAUCUGUAGCGUAUUCUUCUUCAGUUUGCCAAUGAUUAAAGUUAUCAAUAGGAUGUGCUAUUUAAGUCUGGAAAAUGGAGUACACGGAGCAUUCGCUGUUGUAAGUAACAAAUUAGACGCUUACUGCAAGCAGUCGAAAAAAGCCAGCGUUGCGUCAGUAACUGAUUCCUCCACGACUACACCGGAUGAAAACGCAGCGGACGAGACCGAUAUUACCAAUCAAUUGACGAUUCACUCUAUAGCAACGUUCAUGCAGUCAAAUGCCGACGUUUAUGGUGGACGAUUGGGGCAAGUGAACUUGCGAAAGUCGGACAUUGUACCUGAAUGA